AUGGAUGUAAAGCCUGGACAUUGCUGGUGUUGUGAGAAACGUCUCCCACAGAGGACUGUGCCUUGCGACAGAUGCCCUGUUGCUGUCUACUGCACCACAUCAUGCCGGGACAGAGACAAAGUCAGACACGGUGCUGUCGAGUGUGAGAUAUUUCAGGCUAAAAAGUGCAGCGCUUGCGGAAAACGUGGCGAAACACUUGAGUGUUCAGGAUGCAACGAUGCAUGGUAUUGUGAUACAGACUGCCAACGGCAUGGCUGGCCAUUUCACAAAGCAAAGUGUAAGGGAAUUAUGGCUUUUGUCAAACAGCUCUCGCUGAAACUGCUCAGACCAAAAUUAUUUGGUUCUUUCCCCUACUAUAUUGGGAACACCAUGGCUAAAGACUUCCUUCAACUUGAAAACAACGAAUUGUCCGCAAAUAGAGAGGAAAAGGUACACGCGAUGCAGGAAUAUCAUGUCCUCUCUGCUGGUUGUGGAAAUCUGCGUCACACAGUGCUGACAGCUGCUUCCUUGCCUGACAUGUACCAGGGAAAACUUCACGUUACCCUCAAUGACUAUGACCCUUUUGUCAUGGCAAGGAAUGUGCUGUUUCUCUUCAUGUUGGUCCGCUUCGCAGAUACUGACUACAUUGCUUCCAGUUUGACAACCAUCUGGUACUCACUCCAUAUUUCCAAGAGAGAGUACGACUUGAUCAAGACAAGCUUGGAUGAACUCAUUCAGAUGAGUGCUCAACAACUCCAUGACGCUUCCAAAGGACUGGUGAGGCUCCUGGAUGAAGACCUCAUUUAUCUGAAAGUUGUUUGGGGUAGGUGGCGAGCGUUGGAAUGUCAACGAGACAAGACAACCUCAAUCAAUCUAAGACAACAAAGGAAGGUUCUGUUUGAUAACUGCCCCUUUGCUAAGGUGAACCAUCCUCACUAUUUAAGUCGUAUUAACGAAAAAGAUAGGAAAAUGAUUGAAGAGUGGUUUGAGCAUGGUCUAUUUUUUCCUUAUGAGGCAAAGGAAAAGGACAUGCCAUUCGACAACCCAACACUUACUGCCCAAAACGCAAGUAAAAUCAUUCCAGGUAAGGAUGUACGCUUAUUUCUUCUCCUAAACAAUGCUCAAGCAGUACCACACGAAGAUGCCAGAUUUGUGUAUUGCAUUCAGCCACUUCGUAUUCCCUUUGAAGUAUGGGACUGUUUGAGAGUAAGAGAGCACACCCCUGGAUCCCACUCCUCUCCGAUGGUGAUGUACCACAAGUACGUGACAAACCUUCUCCAGAAAGUCAAGAGUCUCAUCCUUCAAGGAAGGCUCCUUAUCCAUGUCUCCUUGGCCAACUGUCUGGACUUUCCUAAUCACCAUCAAACCCUGAGCAUGCCCAACUAUGACCGAAUCUUCACCUCCAACGUUGCCGACUAUGUCGGCAUUCCUAGGCUUCUCCACACAUUUAAGCCACUACUUAAUGACAACAACAGCUACUCAGCAAUUGUCACUGAGAGUAUGAACUGGUUAGAAACAGUUCCUGGAUCUAAGCCUGACGUUAAGCAUAUUUCAGACAGCCAACUUGCAAAUAUAAUGAAUAGAACGCCAGUACCAUUAAUACGAGAUACUUGGGCGUCAGACAACUUCAACAACACUCCUUACUUCCUCCAGUAUCUCCGAGCAGAUAUCAUGGCAGGGGGACUUGGCAUGCCGUCACUCAAGAAAAUUCCAUCAUUUGAGAGUGUCAAGAAAUAUCACGGCAUGGAAAUGCGAGACUUCAGGAAGGGACUGAACAAGCUUGUACCAUUCCAGUACCAACGUAAUAAACGAGAAUUUAAUAAGAAUAACGGACAUGACAGAGCUUUAGAGUGGUGCCUGCCCAAAGGUUAGACAAAAUACUAUACCGAUACAAAAGAUGUGAUACCUUUCAGGAUGUACAGAUGCUGUCCAUCAAAUCUGUUGCAGAACAAAAAUAUUCUGCUGUUUUGUGACAUUUAGCCGUG